AUGGAAAGAAGAGAUGCCGAAGGAAACAAACUUGCAAGGACGAAGUCCGAGUCUGUAGACACACCUACCUCGCCGGCGAGAAGCACCCGUUCCCGAGCGGACGAAUCAUUCGUCUCACCCACAAGGGUCUCCUUCGAUGCAACUAGUAACGGCACUGAUGUCCGACGGCGUAGCUCAGUGACCUCUAGGCGGAGCGUGUUACCCAGUCUCGUACCGCGGACCACGCUCGCAGAGAGGACUCAGGGGGAGUUCAUUGUCGCUGGCCCUGACGAGACGACUCAGUUGCGACUUUCCCAUGAACCGUUCGUCCAACCAGGUUACAUCGACCUGAACCCUUCCUACGAGCAACCUGCCAACGCCAAGCCAGUAUGGAGUUUGGCGAAACCGUUGCCUCGAGUGGUACGGCCGGGCAUGGUACCAACCAAAGCGGAGCUGUUGGAAAACCAUGCCUCUGCUCAGCUUCCAGCGGAGAAUUCACAGAAGCUCGGCCUUGACAUUGACCCCAAUGAUAUCGAGAGGGGCCAGAUCCAGAAGUCCGCUGAUCCACGGGAGAUUUCGGCCCAAGUUGAGGAUGCUCGCCUGCAACGUGAGAGCAACAUUAUGAACAAAAUCCUAAGCGGCGGUGCUGGAUUCAGCCGGGUAUCUCGUACUUCGUCAAUGCGCGGGAGACAACCCUCCGAGUGGCUUUCGCCUAAUGCAACCAAGCUGUCCUCUGUCGAGGAAGGGGAGGAUCAGCAUCAGCCUCCGAGCGAAGAGCCUCCACAGGACUUGCGCGAGGAUAAUUUUACAAUAGGUAGCCUUGACUUUGAUCACGAGGCUUUACCUGAUGAUCUACAUCCCCUUGUACAAGGAUUGAUUGAGGAAGAGGUACAUAACAACCACACUACCUGGUCUGUGAUCAGGACUCACCAUCGCGAAGCUCUAGCCGAAGCUCUAGGGGUCUUUAUACAGCUCUUCAUUGGCUUCUGCGCUGACCUGGCUGUCACGGUUGCUGAUGCAGGAAACCCGAAUACCACCGCUUGGGCCUGGGGCUUUGCCACUAUGUCGGGAAUCUACAUCUCCGGAGGUGUUUCUGGUGCGCACCUCAACCCGUCUAUCACUAUCAUGUUGUGGUUCUAUCGUGGCUUCCCGAAACGGAAGAUGCCAGAGUAUUGUAUAGCACAGUUCGUCGGGGCCUUUUGCGCUGCGCUCACCGCGUACGGGCUCUAUUACCAGUCAAUUCAGCACUACCUCAGUAUCGACACAAAUAUGGAUACCGGAAUUAUCAACAGCUUUGUGACCAAUCAGCGUAAAGCCUGGAUUGGGCCUGCCACGGCCUUUUUCAACGAGUUCUUAGGAACCAUCGUGUUAACCACCACUAUUCUUGCCCUUGGUGACGACCAGAACGCCCCUCCCGGUGCUGGAAUGAACUCUCUCAUUAUCGGGCUUGUCAUCACCUGCUUAAUGAUUAGUUUCGCUUACCAGACUGGCGCUGCAUUCAACCCAACUCGUGACUUUGGCCCACGCCUUGCCCUUCUGGCACUUGGGUACGGCAGAGACCUCUUUUUGAAUCCGUAUUGGUUUUAUGGGCCGUGGGUGGGUACCAUAAGUGGUGCCUUCGCUGGUGGCUUCUUAUAUGACUUCAUGGUUUUCACUGGCGGCGAGUCCCCAGUCAAUUACCCUCUAGAGAGGACUCAGCGGGCGAUGAGAAAGAGCCGCAUGAAAUGGAAACGUCGACUGCAUCUAAGGGAGAAAGUAAAAGCAUAA